AUGGAGAAGAUUGAUUCCGAAUCCGAUGGUCUAGCAUCGUCUAUCGAUACAAUCUGCGCUCAUUUGGAUCAAUUCAUUGUCUCACAGUAUGAGCGUGCGUACUCUGUCUUCAUUGAAGAAGUUGGCUUUGACCUGGGUGAGACAGUGAACAUGGUCUUUGGUGAAGUUCCCUCAAAGACCUUCCACCUCCAGUCCUCGUUUGGCCACGUUAUUGAGACACUCCUUCUGGGUGAAGAAUGUCCCGUGCACUUCGAGAAAGGAGACAUUCCGGUUUUCGUCUGCGAGCAAUGGAUUUUCGAACUUGAAGUCCCAUGUCCAUCUGCGGUCGGGGAACAGUCGAUUGAACACAUUCAACGUGAGAUUGAAAAUUAUUUCACAUCCUCUCCGUUGUGGUUUUGGCUGAGGGAGCACUAUCAAUCGAAGCGGUACAAACUAGCUCAUCGUGUCUGUCCAAAGUCGGAAGCCAGCCCAAAUCCCGGUGCAUCGUUCAUUUUAUCGAUUGGACAAGUCUCAUCCAUGUCAUCUUUGGUGCAACCGAAAACCAGGUUUAACUCACGAUGUACAAAGAAAAACACUUUCGCAUCUCACUCCCACCCCGCUAUCCACACCACGAACAGCAAGGAUAAAAGUUCCGUUGAUCCAUGGCUAAGUCAUACAUUCUCUCCCGUGCGUGUUACAGCGAAAGAUGUGUUGAGAUUGAGUGUUUUAUCACCUAAAUGGAUGCCAGCACACCUUCUGGAAUGUCCUCUUUGUUGUGAUCCGCCUGCAGAGUGUCUUGAAGACUGGAGUCACCAGAAUGACUCCAAGUCUCGAAAACUCCCGCCUCCAAUCGACGUGCACCAGUGUGAACCGAAAAAUGAUAGUAUUGAGCAAACAAAUGUACCACAGUCUUUCCCCGGUGUUCCUGGAGAUUUAUCAGUUUGCAAAGAGACAUUAAGAAGCCCGACCGUUGUGAUGACAGAUGUGCACAACAAUUUCUUCCAUGAUGUCAUCACUGACUCACUGUAUGAUAUACCAUUUUACUCGGUCUCUGGAUUCGACUCGGCCACUUCCACUCUCACAAAAAAGUCACGAGUAAGUAAAUCUAGUGACGUUGUCCAAACGCAGCUCGAAUCCCCACCGAGAAAGCAGCAACGAAUCGGCAGUGAGUCUAGCCUUUCCGGGUAUCCUGGGACGCCCCAGUCCUCCCCUCGAACUUCCGAACAAGAUGUAACAAAUCCCAACCGAGGAGGAACUAUGGACAAAGUGAUUGCUGAAUUUACUCAGCUCAACGUAGAACGGGUCAAUUUGAGCUCCAGCACAGGACGAUUGUCUUGUGGAAGUACCGAUGCGGACAAACUGUGUACCCAAUCAUUUUGCCUUUCAAUUGCGCCCGCAGAUGAUUCUUGCGAUACGGAUAUAUGUGACGCGCCUUUGUCACAUGGCGUGGCAAAGAAACGUGAACAUCCUCCUAAAUCAUCUGGUUCGGAUUGUUCCAGUGCGCUGGCGAACCCUUGCAAUCGAUCAGCGUUAUCGGGUCACUUGCCGCGAGAGAGAAGGCGAAAUGCUACUUCCGCUUGUAUUCCAACAUGGUCUUCCUCACUACAUAGAGAUGGCCAGCCGUUUUUCAAUCGUCGCACAGGAUUGCCAUUACAGUCCUCACCAGUACCGCUGAAAAGAAGUACGAGCGGAAGAUUCGAUUUUGACUCUUCACUGUGUUCGCUGAAAGGUUCCAGAAGUUCCACAUGCAUGAUCUACGGCCUUGACAAUCCCAAACUCGAACGGAAAUCUGUUGCUCAGGAAGAUUCGUACUCUUGCGACCCGGUGGGUUCGACUAGAGAUGCUCCAAAUUCCUCAGGUGGUGUACAGUUACGCCGACGACCGGCCAGUCUACGUCUUCACGUCCCGUCGAACGUUCAGAAUGGAAGGCACGAGGCGCCGGUCCGACGUCGAGCUUGUGCCCCUGAGGUUGACCAGGCAGAGAUAAGUUGCAGUGCGCCCCCUUCUGGCGAUCGGGGGAGUUUGCAUUCCGCUGGUAACAGCCGGAUGGCAAACACACUGGCUUGUACGCCACUUUCGCACAGUAGCUCACAACACUUGCUGGUCAAUUUUGAGGAAAGCAUGCUCAAUGGGCGAAUUCACCCGGUCGGACAAGUGGAAGGGUUCACGCUUGAAUUGGGUGCAAGUGGUUCUUUCUUCCCUGCACAUGAACGAAUCCCCAUGAAGGCCUAUUUCUUUGAUUUGUCCGAUGAUAACAAGCCAUCACCGUACUUGGGCUACGCUGAUUUGUGUCAGCUUCGAAACGGUAAAGGCUACCAUCUUCCGAUGAAAGGUUCCGUGCAACUUACGCUUUUCAACCCCAACAAAGUGGUGGUCAAAAUGUUCGUCAUCGGCUACGACUUUGAAGAUAUGCCCCGCAAUUCACAGACGUUCCUUCGGCAGCGCACGGUUUAUAUGCCUAUUCAGAAAGCCUCCACACAACAAGAUCCUGCUUGGAUCCAAGAUAAACCAAGUGAAGAUCGGGGCGAUUCAAAAGAUGACCUUCCCUCGGAGGACCAAAUGCUUGCCGCUGAUUCUUUUGGGACCACUGCCAAGCAAACCGAGGCCUUGCCACCGUCCUCAUCUGUCUCUUCUUGUUCCUGUUCUUCCCUCUCAUCCAUAUCAUCCGGCUGUUCUCUCACUUCGCUGUCCUCUAACCUGACGGUUAACUCCACGCGAUCGGAACAGCACGCUUUCUUGCGGUACCUGGUCCAUUUGAGAUUCCAUACAACGCGUUCAGGCAGACUGUAUCUACAUACCGACAUCCGACUUAUUUUCGCUCGUGACAAAUUUGAAUUCGACCCGCGUGUGGCCAACUACGAGUUGCGCUCAUUCAUCGAUGCGCCGACAAACCCGCGCUACUCGCCUAAAAAGUGGACCAAGCGACCACGAACUUCCGUGCCAUUCGUACCUCGAAUAACCUCGCCGUGACGGCCAGUACUCCACUGGCUCUAUUCAUCUAGUCGUUAGCUGCGUUGCGUAUGCCACAACUUUCCGGUCCUUGUCCGUUCUGCAGCUUCAAAACCAACACUUCCUACUCUCAAAACUCAUAUUUUCGAUUCUCGUUAAUAUGCCAUUUCGGUACAGAGCGCACUCCCCCUCUUCCCCACGAUCAUCGCCCCGUCAUUCACGACGCCAAGCAUUAGUCUCAGCCGCCAUCAAAAUAUCAUCCACCUUCGCCAAACUUCUAUUUUCUUAUCAUUUUUAAAAGUGCACUCGUUUGUCUUGUUUCCUGUUUUUGUUUCUUGGCUGUUUUUUUUGUUUGGUUUCUGUGAUAUCUCCUCACUUGAACUGGUCGUUUUCUACUCACUCCCGGCUGGUGGAAUUCACUCUACUGAACUUACGCAAACGAUCUCCACUCGAUUUCGGUCACUCGUUUGGUUUCCUGUUUUUGUUUCUUGGCUGUUUUUUUGUUUGGUUUCUGUGAUAUCUCCUCACUUGAACUGGUCGUUUUCUACUCACUCCCGGCUGGUGGAAUUCACUCUACUGAACUUACGCAAACGAUCUCCACUCGAUUUCGGUUCGGCCCGGUUACGCAGCUAUACAGUAAGUGCACACGCGCAUACUGGACAAUGUGGACCUCGAUUGCUCCCAAACAUUUCCAUUGUCUUUCCAGUCAUACUUGGCACUAUUUCCACCCUUUGAGGUCUCGAUUCUCCACCAAUUCUUCUUUGGCGUGUACACGGUACGCAGGUGCAUUGUUCGGCUCUGUGCAUGAUUGAUUGAUGUUGAUGGUGGUUCCUUUUUUCCAAGUUGGCUGUUGCCUAUUUGGUCGUGGCGCUGCACAACCCUAUUUUCAAAGUUAGCUGACAGAUGAAUCUGCCACCCGCCUAUUUCCCGGGUACAUGCCCCCGCGCCCUUCAGCCUAAUAACAUUUUGCCCGCUCUGUUCACGAGAGCCUGUCAUUUGAUCUUUGCUCUUGUUCGUUAGACCUAAUCUGUCAUUAUUGCUCUUUUCUCUCCGAACAAACAACAACGCAAUGUUAGUCAAAGA